AUGGCCUUCCCAUCUGUCUCCUCAAUCCUAGAUGGGAUUGCCAAUUCACGCGCAGCAUUUGAAAAGAACGAAGCGGGCUCAAGAGAAAGUCUGAUUGACCAAAGCCGCGCGCUGAUUACAGCAUUGGAGAUCCCAAGCGAGUUCAUCCAGCGCACAUUCUGGGCAGAGCCGGCUCAAAGCGCCAUAAUCCGUCUCGCUGUCGAUGUGAAGCUUUUCCAAUGCCUCAAGGAUGCGGGAGAUACAGGGCUCAGCCCAUCGGCCUUUUCCCAGAAGACUCAGAUCGACAAUAUUCUCCUAAAACGCCUAACAAGACAUCUAGUAGCAAUGAACCUCGUGAAAUUCCAUGACGGAGCCUUCUAUGCCACAAAGCUGAGCAACAGUCUCGCAGCGGAGAACUACCAAUCCAGCAUCAGUUUCUGCUACGAUGUGGCACGCCCUUCAUUUAACGGGUUCCCGGAAUACUUCAAGAAAUCCGAAUAUAGUUCCCCUACUCUGGGUGGAACUGACGGUCCGUUUCAAGAGGCGCACAAAACCAACCUUCCGUUCUUUAAAUGGCUUCUUGAAACACCACCACACCAAGAGCAUUUCGACUCCUUUAUGAGCGCGUACCGUGCGGGCAAGCCAGAUUGGCAUGACUUCUACCCCGUGGCUGAGCGAUUAACCACGGGUUUCGAUGCUUCUAUUAGCGACGUUCUCCUCGUCGAUAUUGGUGGCGGAAAGGGCCAUGAUGUGGCUACCUUUGCUGCGCAUUAUAGCCCUUGCUCGGGUAGGAUUGUGCUCCAGGAUCGAGAGCCUGUCAUUGCAGGUGUGAGAGCUGAUGGUAUGGCGCGAGCUUUUGAAGUGCAAGCUCACGACUUUUUUACGCCGCAGCCUAUCAAGGGUGCACGCGCAUACUCUCUUCAUUCUAUUCUCCACGAUUGGAGCGAUGAAGAUGGCAUCGAGAUCCUGAAGAAUCUUGUGCCUGCUUUGAAGAAGGAUUAUUCACGGGUCUUGUUCAACGAGAUUGUGAUUAACGAAGAAAAGCCUACACUCGCUGCGACCAAUAUGGAUAUGAUGAUGUUGGCACAUUUUGCUGUGAGGGAAAGAACGGAGGCUGAUUGGAGAGAUAUCCUGGCCCAAGUUGGAUUGAGAGUGGUCAAUAUCUACACCUAUCCAGGCGUUGCAGAAAGCGUGAUUGAGGCAGGGCUAGCCUGA